CCUACUAAGCCCAUUACAUAUCCACCUCCCUGCAUUAUCAUUUGAAAGUCAUAAACCCUAGAUUUCGCUGCCAUUCUCGGUUACCGUUCGUUACUCCGUCCAGAAAAGCUAUCAACGCCGGCGAGAUUACUUCGCAAACUGAAGAUGAGUUUGAUAUCUCAAAAUGCUGCGGUCAAGAAGAAAAAAAGGGCUGCAAAGAAAGAUGACUUGAUGCUUGUCGGAGAGGAAAAUGAGAGUGGUUUGGGUAUUAUCGAGGAUCCAAAGAAGAAAAGACUGCAGAAGGAAACUGGUAAUUCAAUGAAAAUCGACCAGCAGAAUGAAAUAAAGAAGCUUGAGAAUCUUCUAUUUGGCUCGCUGCAUUCUUCCAUUGAGUUUGGGAGGGACAGUGAAAAAGAAGGUAGGGAUGAGUUGGAUGGCAACUCUGCUUUGUUCUUCACCGACAGGACUGCAGAUAAUGUUAUGCCUGUGUAUGAGGAGGACAUGGAGCUGGGAGAAGAAGGUAAGGUGGGGCAGGAAGGGGUGGGAAGGAAACCUGUGUGGGUAGACGAAGAAGAAGAGAAAACUACUGUAAAUAUUGCUAAAGUAAGUAAGUUGCGGAAGCUGAGGAAGGAGGAGGAUGAGAGUGUAAUUUCUGGAGCUGCGUAUGUAUCUCGUUUGAGAGCUCAGCAUAUGAAGAUGAAUCGUGGUACUGACUGGGCCCAUCCUAGUGUUCACCGUAGGGACUACAAUUCUGAAGAUGAUGAAUCUGACUAUGGAGGUGAGGUUAUAGCAGACCCUGAAGAUGCUGGCAGUCUUCUAAGGAAAAAUGAGGACCUUGUGGUAAAACGGAAUGCAAAAUUACCAUCAGGAAUUCUUGAGUACUCAAGGCUGGUGGAUGUUAAUUUGAAGGCACCAUCUGAUAGUAUUGUGAAUUCUGUCCAAUUCCACAAAAAUGCGCAGCUGCUCCUUGUUGGUGGGUUGGAUAAGACAUUGAGGUUCUUUCAAGUUGAUGGGAAAAAGAAUGAUCUAAUCCAAAAUGUCUUUCUUGAGGAUUGCCCUAUCCGGAAGGCUGCUUUCUUACCUGAUGGUUCUCAUGCAAUUAUUUCAGGGAGAAGGAAGUUUGCUUAUAGCUUUGACUUGGUAAAUGCAAGGGUGGAUAAGAUCGCCCCCCUUGCAGGACGGGAUGAGAAGAGCAUAGAAUCUUUUGAAGUUAGCCCAGAUUCGAGUAUCAUCUCAUUUCUUGGAAAUGAAGGGUAUAUUCUGUUAGUUUCGACCAAGACAAAGGAACUCAUUGGGACACUAAAAAUGAAUGGAACUGUCCGGGCAGUAGCAUUCGCCAACGACGGGCAACAACUGCUCAGCUCUGGUGGGGAUGGGCGGAUUUAUCACUGGGACCUCCGGACAAGGACUUGUUUCCACAUAGGGACUGAUGAAGGCUGCAUAAACAGCACAGCUCUCUCUGUUUCUCCUACUGGGAAUUUACUUGCAGCUGGUUCGGAUAGUGGAGUAGUAAACAUUUACAACCGGGAAGAUUUCUUGGGCGGGAAGCGAAAGCCACUCAAGGCUAUCGAGAAUUUGACAACAAAGGUAGAUUUCAUGAAGUUCAAUGCAGAUGCACAGAUUCUGGCCAUAGCUUCUCGGAUGAAGAAGAAUGCAAUGAAACUGAUCCAUGUCCCGUCACAGACAGUUUUCUCAAAUUGGCCUCCUAUGAAUCAAGCGCUGCACUAUCCGAGCUGUGUGGAUUUCAGCCCCCGUGGGGGGUUUAUGGCGCUGGGCAAUGCUGCUGGGAAAGUGAUGUUGUAUAAGCUGCAUCACUACCAUCAGGCAUAGUGAAUAUAUACACAUUUAUAUGUAUGUGUUAGGCCACACUUAAAUUUGAUACCAGAAUGAGGUUUAAUUUUACUGAUA